UCUGUCUUUAUUUGGACAUGGACAUUUCACGUUUUGUUGUACCUACUUGUACGAAUGGCAGAUAAGAUUUAGCGAUUGCGGAUUAUAGUGUUAUUCAAAAGAAAGUGCUAAAUGCCCCAACGUUAUUUGGAGUAUUUUUAAUAUUCUUACAAUAUUUAUACCCUGAGGCUAUAAGCUUUAUGUCAUUAAUCUCGAACGUAGUGCCACUGUUUUGUUGUAAUUUAUUUUGUAUUUGUUCAUUAAAAAUCUAACUUUCCAAACUGUGAUAUAGAAUAUUAUUUGUUUAAUAUAUAUCCAGUACAAAUUGUAUUAUAUAUGUGAGUGUUAAACAUAUAGAACAGUUCCUGUGCUCAAUAGGUCAAACUGUAUUGUUUUCAAAGUUUUGUUCUCGUUUUUACUUUCUAUAAAGAUAUAACAGACUGUACUUAGUGUUGUGGUGAUAAUAUAAAAAGUAUUUGUUGAAAAAUCGUUGGAUUUUAACAUAAUUAUCAAGGUCAAUCCUAUGCGUGACUCGUAAUAAUGUGAAACAAUCAAUUAUGCUCAAAUUAACAAACGCACUUGCACACUGCCACUGCUGCUACUGUUAGUCGAGUCUGUCAUGUGGUAGCCAUGAAGUCGUGGGGCGAAGCGCUGGGACGCAGCACGUCGGCGCACUUCUCGCGCGUGGGCCGGCUGCGGCGCGCAUUGCUGCUGCUCGCCGUGGCGGCCUGUACCGGCGUUGCGCUCAUCUACUGGCGCCAGCAGACGGGCGAUCAGGCUCAUAGACCCCUGCAUAGCUUGUACUCGGGUGUGGAGCCACAAUGGUCAUGGGUGUGUCGGAAUGAGAGAUGUGAGAGGUUACUCGCGGCAGAAACAUCUAUACUACAGUCACUUCCUACUUGUAACAUGCUCUGUGCAUCAACACAGCUCUGGCCGCAACCAACGGGGCCUGUCAGCCUCGCCACCGCCGCGAUACCAGUGAGAGCUGACGGAUUUUCCUUACAAAUUCGAUCGUCGCCAUCUCGAGAUGUGUCUGAUCAUCUUAACGACGCAUUCUUAUUGUUCACUGAAGACCUUAAAUCGUUAGAAAGAAGCGGCAACACAGAAAGUCGACGAUCUGAUAUCGGUCCAGCGAGGGAGGUGAUCGUGCGCGUGGCUGUUAACGGUAGUGGAGAUCCUCGCAUGCGUCUCAAUACUAAUGAGAGCUACAAACUCACUUUGCAACCUUCAGGCAAUUCGCUUUACGUAGAUAUCAGCGCAUUUUCAUUUUGCGGCGCCAGACACGGCUUCGAAACGUUAUCUCAAUUAAUAUGGGUAGAUCCUUACGCUGGCUCACUUUUAGCUCUAGAAGCGGCUAGUAUUCAGGACGCGCCGAAAUUUGGAUUCCGAGGCUUGUUACUAGAUACUGCCCGGAAUUUUUUCCCUGUACACGAAAUUAUAAGGACCAUAGAUGCCAUGGCUGCUAACAAAUUAAACACGUUUCACUGGCACAUAAGUGACUCCCAAUCAUUUCCAUUGAAAUUGCACAGCGCACCGCAAUUAACUCAACAUGGAGCGUAUGGACCAGCAGCGAUAUAUACAACAGAAGAUGUGCGUAACGUUGUACGGCGAGCUAGACUUCGAGGGAUUCGGGUUUUAAUUGAAGUCGAUACUCCAGCUCAUGUAGGACGCGCGUGGGCGUGGGGACCCACAGCUGGCUUGGGACAUCUAGCGCACUGCGUAGAAGUCGAACCGUGGAGUGCGUAUUGCGGUGAACCACCUUGUGGCCAACUUAAUCCUCGAAAUCCGCACGUCUAUCAAAUAUUGGAACGUAUUUACGCUGAAAUUUUACAACUAACGGGUGUCGAUGAUAUAUUCCAUCUCGGAGGAGAUGAAGUUUCAGAACGAUGUUGGACGCAGCACUUCAAUGACACUGAUCCUAUGGACUUGUGGUUAGAAUUUACUCGUCGCGCAAUGACCGCCUUGCAACGAGCAAACGGAGGUAAAUUACCUGAGAUGACAUUACUCUGGUCGUCGCGACUAACGCGAUCGCCAUAUCUAGAAAGGCUAGAUAAAAAGCAUUACGGCAUUCAAAUUUGGGGAGCUUCGCGGUGGCCAGAAUCACGAGCUGUUUUAGAUAUGGGAUUUCGUUCGAUAAUAUCGCACGUCGACGCGUGGUACUUAGAUUGUGGCUUCGGUUCCUGGAGAGACAAUUCGGACGGACACUGCGGCCCAUAUCGGUCGUGGCAGCAGAUAUAUGAGCACAGGCCGUGGGUGGAGGAGAUGCCGGGAAUGUCUAUUGGGGUAGAACCGUGGCGAGUAGAUGGCGGCGAAAUAUGUUUGUGGACUGAACAACUGGGUCCGGGCGGUUUGGACGCUCGAUUAUGGCCAAGGUCAGCCGCUGUGGCUGAGCGAUUGUGGUCGGAUCGGCCUGAAGGGGCAACCGCUGAUGUUUAUCUCAGACUCGACACCCAACGAACGCGAUUAUUAGCCAAGGGCGUAGAGGCGAUGCCACUGUGGCCUCGAUGGUGCACUCAUAACCCUAACGCUUGUCUCUAAUCAAUGUCAAGUAUUUUUAUAUCAUAAGAAGUAUUUCAAUGCCCUCUUCUGUGUAAAGUAUACAUCGUUAAGGUUUUAUAAACCUGUAUGCGUACGGCUUGUUAACUUAAACUUUAGAGAAAUAGAUGCGCUGUACAUAAUCGAUUUAAGAAUAACUGAAUAGAUAGACUCUUUGUACAUAAUGUAUCUCGAUGUAAUCUGGUGAACGUAUUAAUUAGAUAUAGGAGAAUAUCGAGCACUCAAACGUAGAUAGAUAAAUGUUUGAAAGUAUCUGAACUGCCAUGUAGGUCACAAUAUAUUUGCUUAUAUUUGUUUAAUAGCCUUUACAAUUUUUUUACUUUAUUGUAAAACAAAUAAAUGCACGAAAUUUACGUUCAUCUUUGUCUUACUUAUAGUUGUAUUUGUGUAUUUUUAUAGAUAUUUUUUUGAUAUUAUAAGAGCCCGAAUGCUCUAUUAUAUUUAUGUUGUUAAGUGUGGAUUGUUAAAGAUAUUGUAAGUACAUUCAAGUGAUUAUUUAUUGAUAUGGAACAAGUGAUACUCACCUUUUUAAUAUUAUAGUAAGAUUGCAAAUGUAUUGCUAUUUAUUUAGAUCUUAGUUUGUAUUAAGUUCGAAUUUGGAGAUCUGAAAUCGUUUUGAAUCCUUGUGGCUAAUCUGAAAAGAAUAAAAAUGAUAAUUUAAAUAUGUAUAAGUGUAAUAAUUGAUAUUAUCAUAAACACCAAGGAAGUUGCUACAAAUUGCGCUUAAGUUUUUUUUUUCUUAUAAGUACAGUGUAAUCUUUAAUAAUUGCAAUAUUAGCCACAUUAUUACUGAUGAAAAUACAUAAAAAACUGGAAACUCUUCAGAAUACAUAAUCAAAAAAUAUAUUUUUUGUUUAUUUUAGAAACUCGUUUUGUGUGUAAAGCUAUGCAUAUUGCAUAGGCAUCAAUAUUAUAUUACUUAAUUUUUUUAUAUACCUUGAUAUCGAUAUUAUUAUAAUUUACAGACAUUAGGGCCAUUUUUAUAAUUAUAAUAUUUAUUUUAGA